AAAUCAGACCACACAACACACAACAGCAGAAACCUAAACCCUCUUGUUGUAACAAGGAGCAAGUGACGUGGCCGUACGAUGGUUUUCUCCCCGGAAGGAAAACCCUACUCUUAUGGCGAUUCCUCUCAGCAUGCUCGCCUUCAAAACUCUCAAGCUUACCUCCGCCGCCUCGAGGACGAGUUGCAGAUCGAGAAAUUCCGCGGAGAAUUUUUGAAGGAGAAAUUGAAGGAGACGCGUGAAAGGAACAACAUUAAGGACGUGAAUGACAUGAAUUUGGGGGAACUGUACGAGUUCAAGAGCAAACUUGAAGCUCUUCGACAGAUGGUGUACGGCAGAGCUCUGGAAAUGGAAGCUUCGUCGAGGCUGACGAUGCUCUCGCAAGAUAAGACUCCGAACAAGCCAGAGGGUUCUAAGCCCAGGAAGAAGAGCAAAAACAAGAACAAGAAGAAGAAAUAUUAAUUGUCAUAUGAUCAAUGCUCAGAAAAAUUCCAAAUACCGUACUAGUUUUGAAUUUGAGAAUAAAGAAUCUGUUAUAAUGGAAUUUGUUAUGUAUUUCCUUCU